CGUGCUUUGCGUUGCAGGCUUCAGUCUGUGACGGAUAGUGAAGCAAAGCGGAGCUCCUCGCUGAGUUUAGGAUUAAACGGAGAUUUCCUUUUUUCACUGCUGAUUUUUCAAUAGAAUUUUCCUCCCGUUGUUGGUAUUUAUUUAUACAUAUUUGAAAAAUAUUUUAGUUGUUGUACGGCGAGGUGGGAGCCCGCUCGCCGAUUUUUGUAAUGCUGAAAUCUGAGCGAAAGGAACCCGGGCGGGUGAAGAAGCGAAGGAGAAGGCACAUGGGAGAAGGGCAGGGCUGAUGAUCUUUGCAACCGAGCCGUCGAGAGCAAUGAAGAGACUGAAGGGCUUCUAACAAAAUAAUAAUAAUAAAAAAAAGCAUCGCUGAUCACAUUCAUUCAAGUUUUUUUUUUUUUUUAAGUGUGUGUGUGUGUGUGUGUGGAUCUGAGUGGAGGGGACCACAUCGGAAACCCUCCUCGCGCCUAAAAUGUUGCGUGUGACAGCUUUGAGCCUCCUGGGGUGGACUUUAUUCAUGUGCAAAGUGAGCGCGACUGCUGCACACGAGAAGGGGGGCUACUUGGUGGCCGCUCCAUCGGUGUUCCGAGCGGGCGUCGAGGAGAGCAUCAGCGUGACCAUCUUCAACGCCAAAGCGGAGACUCGUGUGCAGGUCCAGCUGUCCGUGAAGGGACAGGCAGUGGCCCACAGCCAUGGCUCCGUGCUUGACAAAGGCACCAUCAAGUUGAAGGUUCCCUCUGGGCUGAGAGGCCAGGCCCACCUGAAAGUGUGGGGGAACUGUCACCUCACAGAAGGGGGCCACAUCUUCCACAACCACACCACAGUCACGGUGGAGAGCAAGGGCACAGCUGUUUUCAUCCAGACCGACAAGCCCGUCUACAAGCCCAAACACAAAGUACUCAUCAACAUCUACACGGUCACGCCUGACUUGAGGCCAGUUAAUGACAAGAUUGAUGCAUAUAUUUUGGAUCCAAGAGGAUCCAGGAUGGUGCAGUGGAAGGGUCUGAAAUCUAUCUGCUGUGGGAUUGUGAACAUGAGUUUCCCCUUGUCCGACCAGCCUGUGUUUGGAGAGUGGUUUAUCUUUGUGGAUGUGCAGGGCCACACAUACAACAAAUCAUUUGAAGUGCAGAAAUACGUCAUACCCAAGUUUGAGUUAACAAUCGAGCCACCUCGCUACAUCCGUGACCUGAACUCAUGCGAGCAGGCUACUGUCCGGGCUCGGUACACAUUCGGAAAAGCAGUGUCAGGGAAGUUGAGCGUGAACAUGACAGUCAAUGGAGUGGGCUACUACCGUCACGAGAUGGGCCACCCUGUGAUCAAGAACAUGGAGAUAAAAGGCUCUGCAAAUUUCAGCCUGUGCGUCAAAGACAUGAUGCCCGCGGAUGUGGCCGACCACUUCAGGGGCACCGUGAGCAUCUGGGCUUCGCUAACCAGCAUGGACGGAAGCAGGCAAACUACCUUCGACGAUUCCACGCCAGUCCAUAAGCAACUUAUUGACAUUAGGUACUCCAAGGACACACGCAAACACUUCAAGCCAGGUUUGCCAUACAAAGGGAAGAUUGAGGUGACUUAUCCGGAUGGGAGCCCUGCUGAUGGUGUGAAGGUGCGUGUGAAGGCCGAGUUGAGCCCCAAAGACAAUGUCUACACGAGUGAAUUGAUCUCCAAGGACGGUCAGGCAACCUUUGAGAUCCCCUCCAUCCCAACCGCAGCACAGUAUGUCUGGCUCGAGACAAAGGUGACGUCCAUUGAAGGCAAGGCAGUCGGAGAUCAGUAUCUGCCCAGCUACUUGUCCAUCAGCAGUUGGUACUCUCCCAGCAGGUGUCACAUCCAGAUCCAGAGCCCCAGUAUUCCGCUCAAGGUCGGCCAAGAGGCAGAAGUGGGGCUCAAAUCCACGUGUCCCUGCAACUUCACCUUACACUACGAGGUCGCGUCCAGGGGGAACAUCAUCCUCUCGGGCCAGCAGCCCGCCAACCUCACUGCCUUGCACCGAAGGAAACGGGCUACGGUCACCUUUGAGAAAAAUAUUCACACCACCCACUCGCCUGCGUCUGCCUCAGACUCUUCCUCGCAAAUGGAAAUGGACAGCUGUGUGUCAUACCUUCGCUUCACUGUGGCUCACACCAUGGCGCCGCUCAGCCGUCUGCUCGUGUACUACGUGCGGGAAAACGGCGAGGGCGUUACGGACAGCCUCCAAAUCCCCAUCCAACCUGCCUUCGAAAACACGGUGUCUCUUUCCCUGUCCACCAAUGAGUCCAUGCCAGGUGACCCUGUGAGCUUGCACGUCCGUGCUGAGAAGGGCUCUUGUGUCUGUGUGGCCACUGUGGACAAAAGCCUUUACUUGUUGAAGCCAGAUUUCCAGCUCACUCCAGACAAGGUGUUCAAAGAGCUGUCAGAUUUUGACGUGUCCGAUGCUUUUGGCGUUCAGAAAGAGGACGGACACUUUUGGUGGCCCGGGCUGUCCUCAAAGAGACGCAGACGCUCUUCGGUUUUUCCGUGGUACUGGGACAUCACCAAGGAUGCGCGCUUCGCCUUCACAGAAACGGGGCUUGUUGUGAUGACAGACAUGGUGAGUUUGAACCACCGGCAGAGUGGGGGGAUGUACACCGACGAGGCCAUCCCCGCUUUUCAGCCGCACACUGCCACCCUGGUCGGCGCCAUGCAUUCUCGUUUGAUUGUCAAAACAGAGAAGCGGAGGCGAACAUUCUUCCCGGAGACGUGGGUGUGGCACUGCCUCAACGUCAGCUCUGAAACAGGCGAAGCGGAACUGCGACUGGAUGUGCCAGACUCCAUCACCACGUGGGUCACGGAGGCCGUCGGCCUGUCCAAAGACAAGGGGCUGGGUUUGGCCACGAGAGCGGAGCUUCGUACCUUCAAGCCUUUCUUUGUGGACUUCACCUUGCCUUACAGCUUGAUCCGAGGGGAGCAAACCAAAGUUCCCUUGACUGUCUACAACUAUCUGCCGACGUGUGCUGAGGUUCACAUUAAAGUGUCAGUUCCGAAGGGCAUCAAGUUUAUUGGUCAUCCUGGAAAGCACCACCUUACCAGGAAGAAGUGCGUGGCUCCAGGGGAGGCUACACCAACCACCAUCGUGUUGGCUUUCAGUGAAUUGGGUCCAGCAAACAUCACAGCCCGGGCCAUCGCCUAUAGUGAAACAAAUUGCUGCUCAGAUUCGCCACAGUCGGGCAAAACAGGAAAUGACGUGGAGGAAAGAAGGUCGCCCUCUGGCCUCGACUUUGUGCGUAGGACUGUCGUUGUGGAGCCAGAAGGCCUGCCUAGAGAAUAUACCUACAGUGUCUUCUUCUGUCCCAAUGAGAGAAUCCACAUUUCAACUCCCAACAAGUACGAGUAUCAAUACGUGAAAAAGCCAGCCAAAAUGAGCCAGUUCCAGAUGGCCGUAAAGACGCACAACGACGCCCAUUUCGCCCUCUCACCCAUGCCGCAUGACAGUGCCGAGAUGAUUGAGAUUGUGCUGGGGGGCAGGCAGAACACUCGCUCCUGGAUCUCCUUGGGCAAGAUGGGCGAGGCCCUCGUCAGUGUCCCCACGCCGGGCAUCCUCUCCUGGGAUGAGUUCCGCAGCUUCUGGAUCCUCUGGAAGGGAGGUCUGGUGCAGGUGGGCCAUGGUUUACAUCCGUCCAAUGCAUCAAUAAUUCUUCAGUGGUCCGGCACAUCCCCUUUACAGGUUCGACACAUAGGCUUCUCCACGGGCUGGGGCUCGAUUGGGGAGUUUAAAAUCUGGAGGAAGGAAGACUCUGAUGAGAACCACAACGAGGCCUUCACUCUGGGGGUCCCGCACAACAUGGUGCCUGGAUCUGAGCGAGCUUCCGCAUUUAUGAUCGGGGAUGUGAUGGGGCCCACGUUGAACAACCUGGACAAACUGCUGCGGCUGCCGUUCGGGUGCGGGGAGCAAAACAUGAUCCAUUUUGCGCCCAACGUUUUCGUGCUGAAGUACCUGCAGAAGACCCAGCAGGUCAGCCUCGAGGUGGAGAAUGAGGCCACAAAUUACCUCUUGCAAGGUUACCAGAGACAGCUGACCUACAAACGUCAGGAUGGCUCUUACAGCGCUUUUGGAGAGAGGGAUUCCUCAGGAAGUAUGUGGUUGACAGCGUUCGUGCUCAAGUCCUUUGCCCAGUCGCGGGGCUUCAUCUUUAUUGACCCCGAGGAGCUGCGAGCGGCGAAGUCCUGGCUCAUCAGGCACCAGAGAGACGACGGCUCCUUUCCGGCCGUGGGGCGGAUUCUGAACAAAGACCUGCAGGGUGGGACCCACGGGAAGAUCUCUCUGACGGCUUAUGUGGUGGCAGCGCUUUUGGAGACGGGCAUAUCAACUGAUGAAGAGAAGGUGGCAGUGGCCAAAGCCAAGGACUUCCUGGAGACCAAGAUCUACUCCGCAGACGACCCUUACACCACUGCCCUGUGCGCAUAUGCUUUGGCUCUGCUCCGCAGCGCCUUUGCCCCUCUCGCUCUGCGCCGCCUCAACCACAUGGCCAUUACGCAAGACGGACUCACCCACUGGAGCCUGACUGGAAGCACGAUGACGGACGAAGACACUUUCAUGGGCUUCAACGACGGCCUUUCCCAGUCAGUGGUGUCUGCAGAGGUGGAGAUGACAGCCUACGGUCUUCUUACCUACACUCUCCUCGGGGAUGUGGCUUCGGCCCUGCCCGUGGUCAAAUGGCUCUCCCAGCAGCGCAACGCCCUAGGCGGCUUCUCUUCUACACAAGACACUUGUGUGGCACUACAGGCGUUAUCCGAGUACGCCAUCCUGUCCUAUGUUGCGGGUGUCAACCUCACCAUCUCGUUGGCCUCCACCAACCUGGACUUUCAGGAGACAUUUGAGCUCAACAAGGACAACAAGAAACUCCUUCUGAGCGCCAGAAUUCCCAGUAUUCCUACUGGCCUUUUCGUCAGCGCCAAGGGAGAAGGUUGCUGUCUCAUGCAGAUUGACGUUUCCUACAACGUACCCGACCCGGUAUCCAAGCCGGCGUUCCAGCUCAAGGUGGACCUCAAAGAGCCACCUCUUCCCUCCUCCUCGUCCUCAUCUUCCCGUCAUCCCUCCUCGCGACCGCGGAGCCGUGCCGACAACCGCUCCGAGCUCAACCGCAAGCGCCGGGCACCCAUCGAUGACGACGACCCGGCGGCUCACCAAGACAAAAUGGACUUCCACCUCUCCUUGGAAGUUUGCGCCAGGUGGCUUCAUUCGGGUUCCUCUAACAUGGCCGUCAUAGAGGUCCCCAUGAUUUCUGGUUUCCGAGCAGAUGUUGAAAGUCUUGAGAGGCUGCUGAUGGACAAGCGUGUGGGUCUGAAGAGGUACGAGCUCAACGGCAGGAAAGUCUUGUUCUACUUCGAUGAGAUCCCCAGCCAGUGUAUGACAUGUGUGGCCUUCCGGGCUGUCAGGGAAUACAUCGUGGGCAAGACUGCGCCUGCUCCGGUCAAGAUCUACGACUACUACGAACCAGCCUUCGAGGCCACCCGCUUUUAUAACGUCAGCGAGAGCAGCCCACUCGCCCGGGAGCUGUGCGACGGACCCACUUGCAACGAGGUGGAGAGUUCGUCCAGUCACUGGACAGAGAUUUCUGCAGGUUUCGUGCAGGCGAACCAGUGCAACAACGUGUUUGGCUGCCUGGAGACGGACCAGUUUGAACGCUGCACUUGCUACCGGGACUGCGGCUAUGACGGGGAGCCCGUCUGCGGGUCCGACGGGCAGGUGUAUCAGAACCAGUGUCAGAUGGAGGUUUUCGCCUGCCGGAACGGGACACGCAUCAAGCAAGCCCCCGUGUCCCAGUGUCCUCACAUGGAGAUCAAGGCAGAGGACAAGCAACCAAUAACCAGCCAGGAGACUGAGCAACCCUCAGUGCCUAUCAACACAGGCGAGGAGGAGCAGGGCUCGAUGGCCGACGUUUCUUACUACUCGUACGAUUACGACGCGGACUCCGACCCGUUCUUGGCCGACGCCGGGGCGCGGGACCCCGGUUCCGACGUUCCCCGAGAUGACCUGGACGCGGCGAAGAAGGUCCUCCCGCCCGCCGACACUCCAAUCCCCACGGCGGCUACGAGGAACAGCCCGGAACGAUGAAAUGCCCGAGUGAAGCCAUACACGCGUCCACGUUGUACAUUAUUUGUCAAUAUGCUAAGGAAAGGAAAGUCGAGAGAGAAGGAAGCCAGGUGUGUGUGCGUGUGUGUAUAUGGAUAUACAGUGAAGAAAAUAAGUAUUUGAAUACCCUGCUAUAUUGCAAGUUCGCCCACUAGAGAAAUCAUGGAGGGGUCUGAAAUUUUCAUCGUAGGUGCAUGUCCACUGUGAGAGAGAUCAUCCAAAAAGAAAAAUCCAGAAGUCAGAAUGUGUAAUUUUUUUAACAAUUUAUUUGUGUCAUACAGCUGCAAAUAAGUAUUUGAACACCUGUCUAUCAGCGAGAAUUUUGACCCUCAAAGACCUGUUAGUACGCCUUUAAAAGUCCACCUCCACUCCAUGUAUUAUCCUGAAUCAGAUGCACCUUUGUGAGGCCGUUCGGUGCACACACACCUGUCCACCCCAUACAAUCAGUAAGACUCAAACUUGGAACAUGGCCAAGACCAAAGAGUUGUCCAAAGACACCCGAGACAAAAUUGUUUAACUCCACACGCCUGGAAAGGGCUACGGAGAAAUUGACCCCUCCGUACAGGGCACUUAACCACGCCUCCUGAAGUGACGUCACGCCACGUGCGCUGACGUAAGACAAACAGUAAAAAUGGCAAACACAAUACAAUACACUUUGAACUGAGACAGACUCCAUGCUUCUGAUUUCAUUCAAAUCAACGAUAUAUUAUAGAUUCUAAAUACAAUACAUUCUUAACUGAGAGAGACGCCAUGCUUCUGAUUUCAUUCAAUCAUUCACACGUAGCAAUGUUAUGCUAGCGGAGAACGUCUCAUUCAUUUAUACGAGACGUGUAUUAAAAAUCAAAUUUAGGGCAUAUCUUCAUGCAAACACAGUCUGGUUAAGCUUCGGCCGCGAGCCAGCAAGAAAUCAAUACGUUUGUGCAGUCCGAUCAUCGCUAAAUAUCGCUCAACUAAGAAUAAGUGUGGCAAUCGUUGGCACGUAGCAAUGUUAUGCUAGGGAAGAACUUCAAAUUAAUUUAUACGAGACAUCUAUUGAAAAUCAAAUAUAGGGCAUACCUUCGUGCAAACAUAUGUGUUCCGGUUGAUAUUAGAUGGAUUUAGUUGACGAUGCGGUCUUCCACAAAAUUUGAUCCAACGAAGGCAUUUUUCGUACUGGGUCUUCGGUUUUGGAAAGGGUAGGAAUCGAACUCCACCAACUAGCCUUUCAGGAUACCUGUCGUCACUAUUACAAAGUCCGUGACUACACCUCUUAACCAUAUUUUUUGUUAAAUAACCCAAAUACGCGAUAAAACGCUAACUAAACCUAUACUGGACCAUGCAAUGUUGUCUGAGAAAAUGGCGGGAGCAAAAACGGGCUUUGGUUUAUGCAGAUCUCUGGCCUCUGAUUGGUCAGUGACGCGGAUUGCGCAAUAUCCACGGAGGGGUCAAUUGCCAAACAGCUUGGUGCAAAAAGGUCCACUGUUGGAGCAAUCAUUAGAAAAUGGAAGAAGCUAAAAACAUCUGAGUGGAGAUCCUUGCAAGAUAUCACCUCGUGGGGUCUCAAUGAUCCUUAGAAAGGUGAGGAAUCAGCCCUGGACUACACGACAGGACUUGGUCAAUGAGCUGAAAAAAGCUGCGACCACUGUUUCCAAGGUGACUGUUGGUAAUACAAUAAGACGUCAUGGUUUGAAAUCAUGCAUGGCACAGAAGGUUCCCCUGCUUAAACCAGCACAUGUCAAGGCCCGUCUUAAGUUUGCCAAUGACCAUUUGGAUGAUACAGAGGAGUCGUGGGAGAAAGUUUUGUGGUCAAAUGAGACCAAAAUGGAACUUUUUGGUCAUAAUUCCACUAACUGUGUUUGGAGGAAGACGAAUGAUGAUUUCCACCCAAGAACACCAUCCCUCCUGUGAAGCAUGGGGGUGGUAGCAUCAUGCUUCGGGGGUGUUUUUCUGCACAUGGGACAGGGCGACUGCACUGUAUUAAGGAGAGGAUGACCGCGGCCAUGCAUUGUGAGAUUUUGGGGAACAACCUCUUUCCCUCAGUCAGAGCAUUGAAGAUGGGUCGCGGCUGGGUCUUUCAACGUGACAAUGACCUGAAGCACACAGCCAGGAAAACCAAAGAGUCGCCCCGUAAGAAGCAUAUCAUGGUUCUGGCCUGGCCUAGCCGGUCUCCAGACCUAAACCCAAUAGAAAAUCUUUGGAGGGAGCUGAAACUCUGUGUUUCUCAGCGACAGCCCAGAAAGCUGUCUGAUCUAGAGAAGAUCUGUGUGGAGGAGUGGGCCAAAAUCCCUCCUGCAGUGUGUGCAAACCUGUUGAACAACUACAGGAAAGGUUUGACCUCUGUAAUUGCAAACAAAGGCUACUGUACCAAAUAUUAACAUUGGUUUUCUCCGGUAUUCAAAUACUUAUUUGCAGCUGUAUCUCACAAAUAAAUCAUUAAAAAAAUCAUACAUUGUGAUUUCUGGAUUUUUGUUUUUAGGUUAUCUCUCUCACAUUAGACGUGCACCUACGAUGAAAAUUUCAGACCCCUCCAUGAUUUGAAGCGGGAGAAUUUGCAAUAAAGCAGGGUGUUCAAAUACUUAUUUUCUUCACUGUGUGUGUGUGUGUGUGUGUGUGUGUGUGUGUGUGUGUGUGUGUGUGUGAGUGUUUGUGUGUUUGCAUGUUUGUUCACUCUCUCCUCCUGACAUCACCACAGCAUUUUUGUUAGUCACCGUACUGCCUUUAUAAUCAUUAGCACAACAACAACAACAACAAAAAGCUAAUACAAUAUUUAAGUUUUUGGUUUGUUUUGUAAUUACAACUGACUUUAAGCUCAACGAUUUGUGUUAUAUUUUCUAUCUUUGGUAUUUAUUUGUAGCUAGAGGGUCAUAUUGUUACUUUUUGUCACUGCCCGGCCAUACGCGUUGUCAUUACGGUCCAAUCACUUCAGUUGUGCUGUUUUCUUUAUUAUUAUUAGGUUAUUAAUAUCCAUCUUUAAGGGAGACAUAUUAUGGGAAUUUGGCUUCAUUACUCCAUUACUUUUAAAAAUAGUUUAGGGUCUGGAGUGCCUGCCUGCCCAUCAAGUGUGAUGGUCCAGAAAAUAGUUUAAAAUUGUGAGAACAUAUCAUAUCUUUUCUUGAAUACAUAUAUUGGAAUGUUUUCUGGGGGUUGAGUCAUGCUAAAAUACAUCAGAGACUUGCGUGAAAGAACACGGAAGGAUGAAUUUACAACCCCUCCCCCCCCAAAAAACAUUAAAAAGCCAAGAAAUUGUUAAAUAUCCGAAUAUAGAAAAGUUAAAUAUCAGAUUAAGUUUAGGAAACUCCCGCUUUACAGAUACAUAAACUAAAAUAUGACGCACGCCACAGAUUGGGUAUCACUAAAGACAAAGGUGGACUGACAGGCACCAGAAGUCCCUGGUGGACUUGAACCCCCACCCCCAACACACAGUUUUAUUGUUGUUUUUUAACCAGUCUCACAACCAGGACCCUCCGAGACGACUUCCCUUCCUUUCCACCUGCUUUGAGAUUUGAUUGUACAGUUCAUAAGCUAUUUUGUUUAUGUUGCGUUUUGAUUCAUGAAGCAAUCAAAGAAACAAAUCGAGAAGAAUGAAGUUUUCUUUUUUUUUUUAAUUGCUGUAAAUGUUCCAAAUUGGAUGACACAUAACCUGUAUUACAUAUCAAAUAUUG